CACACAGCCGCAGCUGACUCGCCCAUCGCAAAGAAUUAAACUGUCAAUAUUGACCGUGUGCAACGGUUAACAAUCUGCGAAGCAGUCAGUGCCUUCAUGUACCUUCAGUAAAUCAACUCCUAAAAGGAUACUCGGAACAUGUUGUUAACGGGGGCGGGGGGUCAAUAACACAGCCCUGGAAUGUGUGCGCGUCCCCGACAUGUCGGAUCCCGUGGGGGCGCGCCCGGCCAUGAGUGCGCACGCAUCGCGACAGGUCUACUCUGCUGAGUACAAGGAGGAGGCAGGGAAGCGUUGGAGUCGGGAAUGAUGGCGGUGAAGAAGAAGGGACAACUUUUGUAGUGUACAUUGGACGCCAAAAAGGACAAUCGUUCGGUGCCCAGCACGAUGAAACCAAUGGGAGGUGAGAUGCUGGACAGUGUUGAGACAACGCUCCGACGAGGCUACGCCGGACCCGGUUGCGCAUAAAGGAGGGAAAGAUCUUUACCAACCAAUCGGGGAAUACCAACCUCACUUUAACCAAAACCGCGGUUUCAUUUUCACCGCGGGCACAUCAUCUCUGAUUGGACUGCGAACUACAUCUGAGGAAAAUGCUGAAAGCCGAGAGUAAAGGGGACAGGACGCUGCGGAGCGCGUCGCCCCAUAGAAACGCAUACAAGUCGGACUUCCAUGCCAUAAAAUGCAAUUUCGAUGGGACAAAAUCGGAUGGCGCUACUAAGUCAUAUGCAAAUGGCUCAAGUGAUACCAGGGAGGACUCGAGGGGGAGGCCCUUCGGCAAUCGGGUGAACAAGAUCAAGAACAUAUUCCUGCAGAUGGAUGGCCAACAAGAGCCUCAAGAAGUAGCCAAGACAUCGUUAAAAACGGAGAUUCCACUGUCUCCCAUAGCCCCAACUAAAGUGCAGUUUCCUGUGGGCACACAAAAAACUAAUUUCAGCAACGCGACCAGCCCAGAGCCAUCACACAGUUUAGAUAAACCCCCCAAAGGAGAAGAUGUGGAGAUUGACAAAGUGGCUCUGGCGCAGAAGUUCUCCUCCACCAGAAAGCUCUUUGAAAGAGGAAUCAAAGACCCGCCCGCCUCCGACAAGGCCACCACCCGGACCGUGACCCGAGUGUCCCUGGGCAGCGCGCCCGACGAUGGAAAGGCUUCAAGGAGAGUCUCGGAGAGCAGCCUCAGACCAGAGCAGACCUCCACGCCGGCGAGCAAACACCAACCAGACGAGAAGGUGGACGCGGAGGGGAAGGGGAAGCCCGCGUCCCGGGCCUCGCUGAACGCCGGCCCCAUCUCCCGACGCUUGGACAGCUACACGGGCAGCAGCGACGGCGACGACCCCACUAGAGCUGGCACCAAAGCCAGCACGGCGGCGGCGGCAGCGCCGCCCCCCGCUGGGAAAGAGCCAACCAGCACCAACUCUCCGCCAGCCGGCGACACCCACAACAAGUGCACAUCCCCGAGUGCCAACGUGGCGACCAAAGUCACGUCCCCAGUGGUCACGGCGACCCUCAAAACAACGUUAACGUCCACAACCGCAGCCAGCAGACCCAGCUCUGUGACGACAGAGUCCACGCAUAAGCCCGCCCCCCCCGAGCAGACCCCGCCCCCCGGGUCAGGCUACAAGCCGUCCUCCAGGGAGGGCGUCGGAUCCCCCCCUGCUAGGGGGGACGUCCUCCUAGGCCGGACCUCCAGAGACCAGAAGCAGAACUCUGCGCCGUCGGCCGCCAUCAGCUCCCAAGGCACCGUCACCAAGCGGUCGGACGGCGGGGUCGGGGGUGGACCCGGAGGUCUGAGCCCCCCCAGGGACAAGCCCUCCGGUGCCGCACCCCUGCCGGGGUCCCGGGGCGUGGUGCGGGCGGAGCUGGUGGUGGUCCAGAACGAGUCGUCUGACAGUGAAGGAAACGAGGAUGAAGAUAGCGUGUUUGAGGAGGGGAAAGCGCCGCAGGGCCCGAGAGGCACCGCCGCCGCCAACGCCGUCACUCACUCGGCGUCGGCGGAUCGCCUCGGCCGCGGCCCCGGGGGGUCCGGCGGCGGGGUGAGGGAGGGGGGGAGGGAGCUCCGACCCUCUCUGGAGGAAGCGGAUAUCAGGAGAGCGUCGGCGGAGGAGGUGCAGGGGAAGAAGGUUUCAGAGGAGCGGAGGGGAGAGGCUUCGAGGCGGAGGGCGGAAGAGGAAGGCGAACAGGAAGAGGAAGUUGCGGAGGAGGAGGAGGAGGAAGAGGAGGGGGGGGGUGAGGAAGAGGGCGAACAGGAAGAGCAAGGGGGACAGCGGGACGAGGGCCGGGUCUCCCCCGGGGUGUACGGGAUCGAGAACGCGGCGUUUGACGACGACAGGGACGUAGACCAAGUCCUCAGGGAAGACCCAGAGGAGGAAGAGGAGGAUGAGGAAGAGUACAGAGGAGACGGACAUCCGGGGGAAUAUGAGGAUUACUAUGAAGAGGCUCCUGGGCUGUCGGACGAGGACGAACCACCGCUGCGGAGGAAGAUCCAGUUCUCCACCAAUCCCAUACUGGUCUUCAACACUUACUCCAACGAGGAUUACGACCGGCGUAACGACGACGUGGACCCGGUGGCCGCCUCUGCCGAGUACGAGUUGGAGAAGAGGGUGGAGAAGAUGGAUGUCUUCCCCGUGGAGAUCGAGAAGGGGGAGAACGGGCUGGGCAUCAGCAUCAUAGGCAUGGGUGUUGGAGCCGACCAGGGCCUGGAGAAGCUGGGCAUCUUCGUGAAGACCAUCACAGAGCAGGGAGCGGCCGAACGGGACGGCAGGAUCCAAGUGAACGACCAGAUAGUGGAGGUGGACGGCACCAGUCUGGUGGGGGUCACUCAGCUCUUUGCGGCCACGGUCCUCAAGAACACGCAAGGCACCGUAGGGUUCCUGAUAGGCCGGGAGAAGGCGGGAACGCAGAGCGAGGUGGCCCGCCUGAUCAGCGAGACCCUCGAGCAGGAGAAGCAUCAGCUGCACCAACAGCAUCUGGAGGACACCUAUGAGCAGUCCACAGAGGAGGAAGAGCACUACGAGGAGGAAGACCCCAUAGAGGAGCAGGAGGAGGAGGAGGAGGAGGAGGAGAUCCUGGGCUCCAGCUUCUGCGUCGGAAGGAAUGAGGAGUUGCUGGAGCUUCCCGAUAGCGAGGCGUCGUUCCUGCCCGGCAACAUGGACUCCUCUCAGCUGGCCUUUAGGUUCAAGGAGCUCCAACUCAAACAUGGCAUGGUGAUGACUGAAGUAAACCAACUCAAAGAGCAGCUGAGCGAGUUCGAGGAGGACCGAUCGCUGUCGAGCGAGCGAGAGGCGGCGCUGGUGCUGAAGAUCGAGCAGAACAAUGAGAAGAUCCUGCAGCUGGAGGGCUACUGGCUGGAGGCCCAGGGCCUGUGCAAGACGGUCAACGAGCAUCUGGCCGACAGCCAGAGCCAGCACGACGCCCUGGACAAGAAGUACAACAAGGCCAAGAAGCUGCUCAAGGACUACCAGCAGAAGGAGAUCGACUUUGUGAAGAAGGAGGAAGAGAUGAAGAAGGCUCUGGAGGAGAAGGACGCGUGGUACAGAGAGCAGAUGGAGAGCCUUCAGGAGAGGCUCGCGGCGCUGGAGGCCAAAGGGAAGCCGGCAGACCCUGCGGAGGCCCGGCGGAGCGCGGAGCUGGCAGGAGAGCCAAGCCGAGGUACCGCCACCAGCUCGCAAUCUGUCCACUCGCUAGAGACGGACUGGACCGAGGUGGUCCCGGAGACGGAGCUGCUGGACACCAGCGCGCAGCGCGCCCGCGGCCUGCUGGCCCAGAAGGCCAAGCGGCAGCCGCCGACGCGCUGCAGGCUGAAGGAGAGCCUGGCUGCGACGUCGCCACGCUCGCCGGACAGCGAGGAAGACGAGCAGCAGGAGGAGGAGGAGGAGGAGAGGGGGGAGGAGGAGGAGGAGGAGGAGGAGGAGGAGCAGCCCCCAAGGAGGAGGCGGUCCAUACAGGAGAGCCUGUCGCUGCCCGUGCCCGUGGGUCAGCCCGGCAACGGGCAGAGGGAGGAGUCGGCGGACCGUGGCAAGGCGGAGCUCUCCAGUAGCCCCUCCCACAGGGACAGCAUGGAGAGCGGGGGCAGUCCAUCUCUGUCGCCCCCCUCGCCGCACUCCCCCUCUGGGUUCCCGCGCAACGCCAAGAAGCGGGAGUCCAAAGGCAAGGGCAAGGAGGUCAAAGAAGAUUUGAACGAGAGCUCUGCAGCAGCCAAGCCAAAGAGACGGUUUCCUGACUUUGGGGGCUUGCGGAAGUCUGGGGGGAAGGGGAAGAAACACGACAAGGAGGCUAUGAGAGCGUCUAUGGGGAGCAGGGGUUCGGCGGACCUCCUGGAGCAGUCCGGGGGGACCAUCUCCCCGGCCGAGUCCAUGUCGUCCAUCCCCACCUGCAUGCCCUUCAACUGGUUCGGGGACAAGGAGCGGGACAAGGAGCCGUCGUCGUCCAGCAGCAGCCUGCCCUACACCGCCACCGAGACCAGCAGCGAGCAGAGCCAGGAGCGCCGGAACAAGAGUGUGUCAGUCGUAGACGACUGUAGCCCGGGCAGCCCUAGCUCUGAGCUCUCGGGGCUGGUGGCUGAGCCCAAUCUGUCCGGCCGCUCACACACCCUAAUCUUCUCGUCCACCGAGACACUGGACGACGAACCGGUGUCAACAGGAAAGGAGUAUCAAUGGCAGAACCGCCCUGUUCCUGAAUGGACCAAUCAGCAAGUCUGUCACUGGCUGAUGGGCAUGAACAUGGACCAAUACACUCCCGAGUUCACAGCCAAGGCCGUGGACGGCCAGCAGCUCAUGCAGAUGGACAGCGACAAGUUGAAGGCGCUGGGCGUGAGCAGCCAGAGCGACCGGGCGACCAUCAAGAAGAAGGUGAAGGACAUGCGCAAGGCCCAGGAGAAGCUGGAGAAGCAGAGGGAGAAGCGGGAGAAGGAGGCGCGACGCAGCGGAAAACUACCGGCCAGUACGGACUCUGUGUGCUGAGGUACGCUGGCGGUGCGUCCCCCCCCCCUCUCCAAGGCCCUGCUCGCAGGGCAGAACGUUCACUACAAGGACCCCCCCGCCCCUCACAUACUGUAUAUCUGCCAUCUCCCCUCCCUCUUCUAAUGUAACACGACCAUGCCACUAAUGACCGCGGGCAAACACGUCCGCUCUUGAAUUGCACCCUUGUAUUUUAUUUUCCAAGUGCCAGUCAUGAUUUUAUCUCUGUGCUGCGGUCUUGGUCCUUAUUUCGCUGUUUUGGCGUUUUAAUGCGUGUCCUCUAAUGCAACCCCCCUUUCUCGCGGACCCCCUCGAAUCAAACCAUUUCAACUGUGAGAUAGGGGCAUAGAAAAAUAAACACAUUGUUAAUUUGUGACAGAAAGUAAGCCCCUAUGUUAUUUGACCACUAAAUAUCGAGAUGAUAUCGUUCUGAUUCAAAGUCACGUUGUGCUUUUGCCGAUAAUCGGCAGGUUUCACCACGAAAUGUAAUCUGUAUUUAAAGGUUGGGUGUGGGAUUUGCGAAACGCCGAUACACAACUCAAAUGGUCCACCCCCUCUCCUUCAACGGUGACUCUGACUCCACCCAUUCCAAGUACAUGGACGCGCAAUCAUGCACGAGCAAACACAGAUGCGCGAGAGCGAGCCAUUAGCUAGCUCCAGUAGCUACCGCAGGAUAACAACAAACAGAAGCUUGCUCUGGGUCACGAGCUUUGAGUACGUGUCCGAAGGGGUCGAGCGGGGGAGGGGGAGUGCAGUACGACCGUUUGAUUGACGUACUUACUACUUACUGUCCAAUGACACUCGGUGGGUCUGGAAAUCAUUGGCUGGAGUUUUUCGAGCCCUUCCCGUUCCACAGAUGAUUGACUUGUUUAAUUUUCAUGCCAGUACUUCUAACUAAGUGGCUGUAAGUGGGUUAUGAUAAGGAUUUCAAGUAAUUUUGCAAAAAAGGCCAAAAAAAGAGAAUUCCAUACCCAACCUUUAAAACAAAAACACUUUCGCUGGUCCCCUGCAGCCUUUUGCUGUACAGGUGAUCUCAAAGCACUAUAAAAAAGGUCUUUAACGCUUCAAAGGUUGACAAUGUUAAGUGUAGUAUAAAAAAGUUUUAUACAUCUGCCUAUUAACUGCAUUUACUUCUUAUUUUAAAACAAUGAAAAUCAGACCACCGUAACAUUUUAUACUAUACACAUUUUUUUCUACUAAGUAGAAUAGCGACAUCUUAUUUGCUGAAUAAGAUACGCAAAGGCGACUUGUUUUGAAUCCGGGGCAGAGCUGCUGUUUCUACUGCUAUUCCAAUCGUGCCUGAGUGGGCGGAGCCCUGAUCUGUCGUCCAAUCAGAACAGGGCCCCGUUACUGUAAUGAUUCCAGUGAUGUUACAGUCAUUCUAAAUCUCGUCUGUCUUGGCUCACCCAACGGGUGCCUACUAAACACAACUCUGGUUUGAAUAUGGUUCCACGUGACUAUGAAUGUUGUGAGUGUGCGGGUGUUGUGUGUCUGUGUGCGUUCCCGGGCCCACUGAAAUACUUUACCGUGGUGUUGCCAUUCAAGCUGUUGUUAACUGUUUUGUAUAUUUUAUAGAGUCAAAAGAUAAAAUGUUGCACUGCGAGAAUGUUGUCCACUUCCCCCGUGAAGCCUUGGUACAUACUGUAAAGCGGCAUCAAUAAACUCAUUUUCACCUCAUGUGCUGUGGAUGUUUCUUACUGUACUGGACUCUUGGCUGCAUACGAAUAUUCAUUCCAUGAU